AUGGUGGCCUUGAGAAGGCUCAGCCCGGCCGCAGCCUUGGGGCUCUUUGCAUGGCCACCGGCAGCCACCGCAACCCCGGGCUUCUGGCAUUCGGCCAGUCCGAGCAGCGCCUCAGGGUCCCCUAGGGUCCCCAAGCCGGCGACCAGCUGGGCCAGCUUUAUCCAACUGGCUCGCGCCGGAAAGGACCCCAAGGCCGACUACACCCGCAACGGGAACUGGACGCACUUUGACUGCACCGACCCCGUGGUGGCGGAUUUCCUCUACUACACGCCGUCGGAACGAUGGCAGUUGAUGGGCACCGAUGCCGCCCGGGACGACGUUAUCCGGAUCUGGAAGAACACCGAUCGUCUGCGCGUCGGCAGUACCACCCAGCUUGCGGGUGAGCAGGACUGUGGUGACAUAGUCACUGAGAGCUGCAACACUAUUCAGUGCGAAACUGGGGCAGACGGGGACGCGUCGGGCCCCGCAGCCCAGUUCAUUUGGAACUCGCUGGCGGAGAUCCAUAAUAUGUACGCGCAGUACUAUGACAACUUGUUCUGGGCUCUCAGCAUUGUCAGCACGACGCUCAAUGAUAUGGAGAACAAGUUUGCGCCCCUUCCGCCGAAGGAAGACGACACCUGGCUCCCGAUUCUGGUCGACAUGAUCACGCUGGGGGUCCUGGGAACUGCCGGUCCGUUCUUCAACACCAUGUUCAAGCAACGAGAUUGGUUUGCUGGGAAAACCGGCAGCGCCCUGGACAAUGCCAAGGAUGCCGCCAUGGCCCUCAUCGCACAAAGCACCACCAUCACCAGGGACGCAUUGCUGGGAGGAGACCAGGCUACAUGGACGCCGGAGAAACAGGAUAAGUUCUCGGCCUAUCUGGGGCAGGUCGUCUAUGGCUUGUCGAAUAGCUCUUCAAGGGGGUCCAACGAGGCGAUUGACGCUCUUUAUGGGGCCAUGUCUGAUGGAAAGCUCAUCGAGGACAGUAAUGGCAACGGCCCGCUUCCCGCGACCGGAGAUGCCCGGUAUGAGCUGUUCACCAACAUCAACAAGUGUAUCAUUGGUUUUGCCCUCCCAGCCCUGUGGCGCCAAUCGGGAUUGUAUACCUUUAUCCUCGAUGCCGGUCACGCUUGCAAUGAAGACAAGGAUCUCAGUAAUUACCUUGACAAGGAAAUGAUGAACGCCACGGGCGUAUGUGUGGACAACUGGCAGUACUAUCUGGCGUAUCCAGACGGCGAUGCGAAGACAUGCACCUGCAAGCAGUACGAUUCGGGCCCCUGUCAACGAGUCUGCCGAGAUAGCAAGUUCUCGGCGCCCAAGGGAAUCGAGUACAUCUCCGGCGGGGAAAAUUACGGGGGCAUCACGACGACGGAGCUGGUCAAGGGCUCCGUCCGCACCUGGAUGGGGAAUGGCCGACAGAAUGGCGCCAGGGUGGCAGACCCGGCCAACCCGAGCACCCUGGCCGGCCUGAUGGACGUCGACGUGACGACCCCGGGCUUCAUGCGCAUGCCCGUCUGCAGCCCGGCGCGCGCCUUGCAAUCCUGGAAGACGGCCAAGAAGGACUCGAGCCCGAACUGGCCCUGCAAUAUCCCGCCGGGCCAAGACAAAUGCGGCGACUCGACCUUUGUGGACCAGACCAGCCACGCGUCGCCCAAGGUGGAGGACUGCCGCCAGCUCAUCACCAACAUCGAGGGCGAUGGCGGCUCCGGCUGGACCACCCAGGUAAUUGGCCAUCACCAGCGCCGAAUUGCCAGCCAUGCCAGCUGUCAUUUCGGCGUCGAGGCUACCAAGACGGACGGCAAUGUCAACUUCAAGGUCGGUGGGCAGGAUGUCAUUGAUAUCAUCAACGACGCCAUUGCUCGGUUUGCGAGGGACGGGCUGAUCGGCGCCAAGGGCAAGAUGAAUUGCGACGGCAAUAUAAAGGGCCAGCCAGUGUUGUGGGGAAUUUACUAG